CCUUAGGCUCCAGCGAAGCAGUCCAAAUCAGCUUCUUACGACCAGUGUCGCCUCUAGAAACAGAUUGCAAGAUUUGGCUACGCUGCGGAAUUCUUCCCGAUGCCCGCCUCACCCUACUGCCUUGAGCCCUACCAACCCCGGUUCCUUCCACUUGCUAGCACCAGGCUCCGCACCCAGCCAUGCGUCUUCUAUGUAGCGAGACUGGCGAAUUUAGUCUCACUAAGGACUUGGUCGGCGACGAUCCGAUCCCUCCCUAUGCAAUACUUUCGCACACAUGGGGACCAGAUAACGAGGAGGUUACCUUCAAGGACAUGACAAAUGGCACAGGCGGAAAAAAAGCUGGAUAUGAGAAGAUCCGAUUCUGGAGAACAGGCGAAACAGGAUGGUCUGCAAUACUUCUGGAUUGACACGUGCUGUAUUGACAAGAAAAACGACGCCGAACUCUCACGCUCUAUCAACUCCAUGUUUCGCUGGUACCGCAAUGCAACUCGAUGCUACGUCUAUUUGUCAGAUGUCUCUAGCCCUCCUUUGGACACUAAUGUGGAGUCCAAUCCGCGGUCGUGGGAAUUGAACUUCUGGAACAUCAGAUGGUUUACUUGGUUUUGGAUGUCCCUAGUCGUCAAAUUGAUAUUUCGCUGGUAUCACAACGUAACUCAACGCUCCGUCUAUCUCUCGGGUGUCUCCAGCGCUCCCUCGGACACUAACGAGGAGUCCAGUCCGAGGUCCAACGAUGCGUACAAUCCGCAACCGUGGGAAUCGGAUUUCCGGGGAAGCAGAUGGUUCACCCGUGGCUGGACGCUCCAAGAGCUCCUUGCCUCGGCUUCAGUUGAAUUCUUCUCUCGGGAACGCAAGCGACUUGGUGACAGGAGUUCACUAAGGCAACAAAUUUAUGAGAUCACGAAUAUUCCUCACUCUGCGCUUCAAGGAGCGUAUUUAUCUAAGUUUAGCCUCGAGGAGCGCUUGCAGUGGAUCGAACACCGCCAGACCAAGCUGGACGAAGAUAAAGCAUACUCGUUACUAGGCAUUUUCGGCGUCUACCUACUUCCUAUCUAUGGCGAAGGAACGGCGAGCGCGUUCGCUCGGCUCCGGAACGAAUUCGACAAGGCGCAGAAAUGUAUCCGAGACUUACACCUCACCGAUCCCCGCAAUGAUAAGAAGCGUAUUGAGGACACCAAGGGUGGCUUGCUAGAGGGCUCAUACCACUGGAUCCUUAAAAACUCUGACUUCCAAGAAUGGAGCAACACCCACCAGAGCCGGUUGCUUUGGAUUAAGGGCGAUCCCGGCAAGGGCAAGACGAUGCUGCUGUGCGGCAUUAUCAAUGAACUAAAGAAGUCAAUGGCCAAGUCGGAUCUUCUCUCUUACUUUCUCUGCCAAGCUACUGAUACCCGCAUUAACAACGCCACGGCUGUGCUACGAGGUCUAAUUUAUCUGCUUGUCGACCAACAGCCAUCCCUUAUUUCGCAUGCACAGAAGAAGUACGAACAAACCGGCAAAACGCUCUUCGAGGAUGCAAAUUCCUGGGUAGCUUUGUCCGAGAUCUUCACGAACAUCCUGCAAGACCCGAGCUUGAAUAGCACAUACUUAAUUGUCGAUGCGCUCGACGAAUGUGUGGUGGACUUGCCGAAAUUAUUGGACUUUAUCGUGCAAACGUCGCAUGUAUGUCCUUGUAUUAAGUGGAUUGUCUCCAGCCGCAACUGGCCAAGUAUCGAAAAGAACCUUGACACUGCUACUCAGAGGCUAAGACUGUGUCUUGAGCUUAAUGAACAAUCCGUCUCUGCUGCUGUUGCGACAUUUAUUAAGUUUAAGGUGGAUUGGCUUGCGAAGCGAAACAGAUACGGCAGUAAUACUCAAGACACUGUCCAGCGCUACUUGUCGCUUAAUGCAAACGGCACGUUCCUCUGGGUGGCCUUGGUCUGCCAAGAACUGGCUAAUAUCUCUGGAUGGGAUGCUGAAGAAAUGUUGAAGGCAUUUCCACCAGGGCUUAAUCUCUUGUACAGGCGGAUGCUGAACCAGAUCUGCAGUUCAAAGUACGCUAAACUCUGCAAAAGUAUACUAGCCGUUGUCUUGAUUGUACGCCGGCCCAUUACUUUGGAUGAAUUGGCAUCUUUCGUCGAUAUGCCUUCUCGAAGUUCUGGCAAUUACGAAGCUCUAUCAGAGAUUGUAGGGCUUUGUGGCUCUUUUCUAACGCUCCGAGAACACACUAUCUCUUUUGUUCAUCAGUCAGCGAAGGACUUUUUGGUCGAAAAGGCUUCCAACGAGAUCUAUCCUUCUAGGAUAGAAUGUAUACAUCACGACGUCUUCUCUCGAUCGCUACAGGUCAUGUCCAAGAAACUACGACGUGAUAUUUACAGCUGCUCCCGGAUUUCCUAUUGAACAAGUCAAGCAACCUAAUUUAGACCCGCUAUCCCCAGCACGAUACGCGUGUGCCUAUUGGAUUGACCACCUGCUCGACUGUAAUCCUACUAAGAAUGCUACUACAAGGGGGUAACAUGAGCGGGCCAGCAGCGCUCCCUGCUAGCGCUGGGGCUGCUUUAGCCGUAUGAAGCAUAGCUGUUCGUAUUACAAAUAUGUAGAAUCAACCAGAAUAGCUAGAUCAUCAUAUAAAACAACAAGAGAUCCUUGUAUCUUGUAUCCUAAAAAUGCCGAAUCUUGUACGCCGGAACCGUGGCCACCAUCCCCCUCCUCUGCUUUGUUAUCCCGUCCUUCGACAGCCAGGAACACGGCUCUCUGUUCGCGAGCGUGAUAUUGCGUAUACCCUUAAGCACUAUGCUGGUUGGACUGAUGAGAAGAUUAGCAGCUCUCUUGGUGUCUCUCGCACUGCACUAUCUGCCUCUCUCCA